UCAAUAAACUGCAGCAGCGAAGCUCAAGUAGGAAGAGAGGAGAAUCCGCGAGAAAAUCGACUUCACGAAGGAAAACGUCUGUCGCAUGUUUUAUGUAGAAAGUCAAAAAAAGUAAGAAGAACGAAAAUAGUCGGUCGAAGAGCUCAUGUGAUGUGAAGUGAAACAAUCCGGGGCUGCUGCUGCUCACAAGACUGCUGCAUGUGAUAUCGAUUACAGAAAUAACACAGGGAUGACCACAGCCCUGCUUCGGGCCCACAUGGACGGCUAGAAAUUCAGGCUUGAAUACAGAGAGUCCUCUUGCCAGAAGAAGACCAAACAUGGUGCACGUCUACAACUGCCAUCCUUUCUCCUCUCAGCAGAUUGUGCAGGUGGAGAAGGAACCCGGACUGGUCUGCUGUGGAGGUGGAGCUAUUUUUGUGGUGGCGACUGGAGGAUGCAAGGUGGAGGCGUACAAUCUGGAGGUGGAGGGCUGCCCCCUCAUCUGCCGCUUUUCCACCAUGGGCGCUGUGAGGAGCAUCCAGCAUAGCAAGAUAGGAGACUACCUGGUGACCAUUGAGGAAAAGAACAAUGCCACCUACCUGAGAGCCUACACCAACUGGCGUUACCAGGCAGAGGAGAAGGCCCGCGUUGGGGUUCGUUUGUUGGGCCACUUGCUGGGUGGAGCAUCUGUGUGGGGUGGAGUGCAGAUGGAGAUUAUUGAGAUCCCUCUGUCAGAGCGGCCCAUUGCCGUGUCUUGCUGCCCGGUUAGAGGAGACCUGCUGGUUGGCUCUGAGAACACUCUGGUUCUCUUUACGUUGAGACAACACAACCAGCAGAACCUGGAGGAAAAUCAGGAGAAUCAGAGUCUUCAGAGCAGCUGGCCAAACACUCGGCAGCGCUGCGGUCAGAGUCAAGCUCAGUCUUCAAAUUCCAGCCAGAAUCUUUCCGUCCUGGAUUUUGAACGCUCCGUCAUCCUGCACCUUCCAAAAUUCACACCUAAGCAGGUGGCACUGUGCGAAACAUAUGUGGCUGUGCAAGGAGAGCUGGAAGUCUUGAUAUUAAAACUGGAUGAAACCUCUGAACCCCAAACUCUGGAGGAACCACUGGACACAAAUAACGCAGAAUAUCUGGAAGACCAGGCUGACUUUCUGGUUGUUCCGAGACACCAGGAGUUACUUGGCGAUCGAGCUAAAGACUGCGACAUCCCAGUUAGCAUUGAAAAAACCGGGCUGGAAGAAGGAAGGCAGUAUGCACUUUCUUACGUUCUUUUCAGGCACUUUUCUCCAGAGUUCUUCCAAGGAUGCAGCAUGGAUGAGAUGCAGCUUCACUCCCUGCAGCUUUACCCGUUGUUCACUGGUAACCAGUCUGUGUCUCCCGAUGAAGCGACAUGUGUGUUCUGCUUCUUCUCCCUCCCCACCACGGGCUACCUGUACAGUCUGAAGGGUGGAGUUGAGCUCCUGUCAGCAUAUCAGUAUCCAGAGAAGGUCCUGGAGGCGGCGCUAACAGACCACCUGUUGCACGUCAUAACAAAGAGUGCAUUGCAGUGUUUUACAGUACGAUGUGCAGCUCUAGCAGCCAGGAUUGAAGACCCCUACAUCGAUACGACCAUGAAGGCCUGCCCACCCAGCAGCCUGGAGGUCUGUGCGCUCAGGAUGCAGCUCUUCAUCGGCCUGCGGUCGAUGUGCGUGUACGGGCGCCAUGUCAUCCUGCUCUCUGCCGCCGACGCAGAGACACCGGGGGAGACAGAACGCGGCACACAGCGCAGGGGCCUGAGCAGGAGGUGGACGGUGUCUUCUACCAAAGAAAGCCGUGCAGCGGGACAUGGAUGGAACCUCUAUGUUGUGGACACCGUCACCCCCUUUACUCUCUACCAGGAGAUGGUUGAGUACAGUCAGCGUUAUGCAGAGACCAACCCACAGGCCCAGAGUCUGCGACACCUCCUCAGCGAAGCUCACCUCCUCCUGCGUGCUGCUCUACUACACGCAUCAGACGAGCAACAGACGGGCCCAGGUGGCCCAGCAGAUCACAGGACAGAUCGACAAGUGCUGGAGGAGGCGCUGAGGGAGAACUGUGCCCAGCUGGGAGACAGUUUCAGCAGGGGCGGUCAGAAGGAGUGUCACCUUGCUCUGCCCUACUACAGGAUGUCUGGUCUGUCACUCACAGAGGUCAUGUCCAGGAAUCGGCCAUUUCCGGGCAGCCCUUCCUCCUAUGGCCCUGGCUUCCUGUUUUACCUGAAACAUUUCCUGUUAGAAGACUCGGAGCAGACCCUCAGUCAGGAAGCAGCUGAUCAGGUCAUUGACAUUUUCAGCCAAUCAGAGCCUGUAAUGCUCAUAAGCGUGUGCACCAGCCCCUGCAUGAUAAAUGUCAGUCCUGCUCGGACGCUGCAAAUUUUACAAAAUCUGGAGGACUCGGUGGGCGUGUCGGUUUCACUGACAAUCACCAUGGCUACCAUGAUGCUGCGUUUGGGUGACCUGCAGCAGUACACACAGCUGAUGGAGAGACACGCUGAGAUGCUGCUAGUGUACGGGUUUAUUGAGGAGCCAAGGCUGCUUCUCUAUGGUGGAUGUGCAAACCAGCAUAGACGUGUUUAUCCCACAGCUUUAACCCGCCAGAUGGCUGACUCUCAGCCUGGACUGCUGGUGGCUGCCAUGGUGGCUUUACAUGAGAACAGCAAAGUUAAGCUGGAAGAGGCCGAUCACAUAUUCAAGGAAGCAGCUGAUCAGGUCAUUGACAUUUUCAGCCAAUCAGAGCCUGUAAUGCUCAUAAGCGUGUGCACCAGCCCCUGCAUGAUAAAUGUCAGUCCUGCUCGGACGCUGCAAAUUUUACAAAAUCUGGAGGACUCGGUGGGCGUGUCGGUUUCACUGACAAUCACCAUGGCUACCAUGAUGCUGCGUUUGGGUGACCUGCAGCAGUACACACAGCUGAUGGAGAGACACGCUGAGAUGCUGCUAGUGUACGGGUUUAUUGAGGAGCCAAGGCUGCUUCUCUAUGGUGGAUGUGCAAACCAGCAUAGACGUGUUUAUCCCACAGCUUUAACCCGCCAGAUGGCUGACUCUCAGCCUGGACUGCUGGUGGCUGCCAUGGUGGCUUUACAUGAGAACAGCAAAGUUAAGCUGGAAGAGGCCGAUCACAUAUUCAAGGAGCUACGUUGUGAAAACAGCCUGCAGGUCGAUUUCUGGGAGGCGAUGCUCAUGGCAUCAUCAAAUGACGCUGUCAUUCAGGAGCUUCUGUUUCGGCUGGCUUCUGUCUACAUUGACCGUCUAACAAAUACAAAGUCAGAAAAGCACACGGCUCCAAAGCGCAAGUCACUGAAAAGUGCUGAUGACUUGAUCAACUCGUGCUCUCAUUACGGUGCUUUGUAUCCAUGGCUCAUUCUUCUAAGUCCAACAGACAUUACUAGUUCCCAACACCUGGAGGCGCUGCACAAACUGCAGUCUCUGCUGUGUGGUCCAUCUCUGUCUGUGGGCUCCGUCGUGCCUUUGUUGGAGCGCCUGUCAGACGAAACCUUAUGGGGCUUCAGCCUUCACCUCCUUUGCGCUACCAGAAGGGGGCAGUAUGAUAGGAGCAUUGAGAAGUUGCUGGACAGAUGUCCUCAAGCGAUCAUACCCUACGCCAAUCACCAGUUACAGGAGAAAAACAUGGCACUUUGGUGGCAAAAGCUCCUCCCAGAGCUUUGUGAUCGCACAAGAGUGGCCUCAGACAACAGCAUCCUCCUGGCUGCUCUCAAAGAGACGCUUGUCGUAGUUGCUAUGGAGAUGAGCCCCGCAGAAUUCCUGGAGCUCAUCCCUGAUGAUGGCACAGCAUCAUACUUCUUGCCACACCUGUUGACGUGCAGCCAGAGACAAGUGCUGGCCUGAAGUGUGCAUACACACACACAAUGAAUACUGAGAAAACAUUUCAGAAGAGUCUUCAGAGUUGUGUUUGUUGGCCAGCCACUGUGGAUGACUCAACUUGCAGUAUUUAAACUAUUUGUUUGAGAUCAAGCAAUCAUGUAUUAUAAGCACUGUGCAACUAAACUCAAAGGCUUUAGAGUACUAUGGUGGACAUAUCUCCUAUUUGAUGUGAUUGAACAAAUACAGGAACAGGCCUGCCGGGGGUGUACUAUGUAAACGAUAAAUGGACUGGUUCUUAUAUAGCGCUUUUCUACUCUGUCCGAGCACUCAAAGCGCUUUAUACAGCUAAUUC